AACUGUUUAAAUUGCUGACAGAUUUUGUGCUGACAGAUUUUGUAGAAUUUUAGUCAGUUUUUUUCACAACUAAAAAUGACAGAUAUAAUAAGCGAUGAAAAUAUAUCACAGGAAAGUGAUGAGGAUCACAGAGAUAAUUGGGAUGAUACUUUGCUAAUUCAAGCAUGGAAUCAAAGUUGGACUAAAAUGAAAAAAUCUAUAGCUAAUGAUAUUAAUAUACCAUUGAUUAACAAAAAAAACAAAAUAAAAAAAUCAAAUAAUCGUAAAUAUGAAAAACAGAAACAAACAAAGCAGGAGAAGAAGACAAUAUCAUGGCAUAUUGAUGAUUUAUGUAUUGCCAUUUGGGAAGAAGAUGGUUAUGAGUAUAUUGCAAAGAUAUUGAGUAUAGAUGACGAUAAAGGUUGUUGCAAUGUAAUAUUUCUUGAAUAUGGCAAUGAAGACAAAGUUUAUUUGAAUAAACUCAAAGCAGUCAAGGAAAGUGUGUCUAAGAAUAAUGAUGAAAAGAUGAAAAUCUCAGAAGAUGUUUUAAAUGACAUAGAUGCAAUUGAUCAGUCAAUUUCAUCAUCAUCUAUAUCAUUAAGUGCACAUUUAUCAUCAAAUAAUAAAACAUUAAAUACUUUGGAUGAUUCAAAAGAUAAAAAUUGUUUUAAUCCAUCAAUGAUGAAAAAAGAAGUAAACAAUGAUGAUUAUGAGAGUGAUAAAAGUUCAUGCGCUCAUUCUAUUGAGAAUCCUCUAAAUACACUUAAUACUGGUCCACAAAAUUUGCAUUUCAAUAAUGGUUUGCUAAAUCACAAUAGCGUUUCAAAUAGUGAUUCUAAUACCACUUUCAAUACAUUUCCCCCCUUCCAUUUUAACCCUCUGCUUAAUCCCAACCCUGGAUCUGCAAAUAAAAAUGAAGACUCCAACAUCUUAGACGACAAUGAAGCUCUGGCGCAGAUGCUUAUAUCUUGGUACAUGACCGGUUAUCAUACAGGAUUUUAUCAAGGUAUAACACAGGCGAAAAACGCAAAUCACAAAACCCAACAUGUCAAUUUCAACACCAGUAAUAAGAAAAAGGAAUUUUGACUUGAUUAUUUCAUAUAAAAUAUCAAAUGAUAAAACUAACUCAUCAAUAUCUCUGUUUUAUAUUAACAUAAAUUAUUUCUCACCUUUUUUAAAUUUGUACAAUAAAUUGAAACAAUUAGCAUUUAUUAAUUACUUCUGAGUUUUUUUAAAAAAUAUUCUUAGAAGUUUGCUGUCAUAUACAAUAAUUUAAUACAUAAAAAAAUAUAUAGUGUAC